AUGCCCCGAUGGGGAAGACCACCAGGGGUACGAAAUGGGAAACAGGCCCGCCGGAGGGCCACACAAUGGGAGGAUUUCGACGGCGUGCGUUUUGAGGAGAUUGAUGGCGACGACGACGGUGACGAUGCAGUUCUCGGCAGCCUACAGCGACAUGGAACCAAGGGAAAUAAUAAUACGAGUAGCACACGUGAGGUACGACUUAGGAAUGAUGAUGGGUAUGAUUACGACAGCGAAUUAUCGGACGGCGAAGACUUUGACCUGAACGACGACGCCGACAGUACGGUGGCCUUUGCCGUGCAAUUGGCCAUGCGUGAUAAAGAGGACAUGCUGGUCGAGAAGGCUUUGGAGCGGAUUAGACGGGCUCAGAUGCUUGGCAAGAAGAAUGUCCGUCUUUCCCAAGAAGAGCUAGAUGCGUUGGACCGAAGACGCAAGCAAGCAGCCAGCAGCAAAAAAGUUCCUCUCUCGAAAGCGACUGGCUUUACUCGCCCGUUGGAUAGCAAGCGACGCAAAAGUGGCGAGCUGGCCAAGACGUCGUCUCAAGCUGAGCGCCGACGAAGCUCACAAGAACAAUAUCUUCUAGACGAGUCUUCUAUCGCUUACGCCAAAGCGUCUUCAGGUGCGUUUCAUGCAGCCCCAAAUAACCGCCCAUCAAGCUCUUCAUCCCGCCCUCGAACACCUACCAUGCAAUCACUACGUCCACAAUCUAGUGCCAAUUCGCCUCUAACCAUGCAUCAACCUGCCUACGGUCAACGCUACCCUGAUCGUGACCCUCUACAACCGGCUUCUCCACGUGAUGCUCCUUAUAUCCGAGCUCUUCCUGACGAUCCUCAAUGGGCUCCGCGACAGCGAUCCUCGUCCAACGCAGCACCAUAUCCUGUGGACAAUUUUAUGUAUGGCCAGCCUUAUGGACUUGGACCAGGCGACCCACGCCUCAACUACAAUGGUCGCCGCUAUGCUCCCACCAGUAUGCCAUAUAACGGGUCUGGCUAUCCACCCGUAUCUGAAGAGCCUCGUCGCGGGUCCUCUGGUCGUCAGACCCGAGCCGAGUCUUCAGAAGAGGAAUCGAGCAGCGAGGACGAGGACGAGGACGAGGAAGAGGACAGUGAGGAAGAAGAGGAUGAUGAUGACGGAGAGCAUGGCGUGCAGGUGGCGGUCGUUGAACAGCCACCGAUUCGUAAGCCUGCCGCGCGUACUACAGCUGCCCAGAACAAAAACAACAACAACAACAACAACAACAAUACUCGCCCACGUCGUCGCAAUGGUCGCUAA